UGCAUUAACGAAAACACUUACCAACACUGAACAGGUUUUUUCCAUUUCAUGUGACAGGAAGCACAUUUCUGAUAAUUUUCGUCAAAGAAUUGCCAACUUUUCAGUAGUUUAUAAAAUUUUCUACAAAUUGGAAUAAUUAAAAUGGGCAAGAAGCAAAAACAGAAGAAAGCCACGGAACCAUCGAAGCAGUCAGGAGCAGGUGGUGAUAUCAAAAAGGAUAACAAAAUCCAGUCAAAAGCCCCCCCAGGUUUUACACAAAGUUCCAGCAUUAACCACUCGUCGGACACUGAGGACAUGCCUGAACUGGACGAUGUGUCGGAGCAGAACAAUGACGAACCGUCGAUUCCAAUCAGCGAGCAGCUGGCUAGCCUUGGUGCCAGGCAAUCCCGUGGGGAGAAGAAGGCACGCCGCCUCCUGAUGAAACUGGAUCUGAAGCCGAUAGAGGAUGUGGCACGUGUCACUAUGCUCAAGAGCAAGAACAUUUUGCUGAGCAUGGACCGUCCGGAAGUGUACAAGUGUGCUCACACGGACACUGUGAUAUGUUUUGGCGAAAUCCGUAUCGAGGAAAUCUCAAAUUCAGCAGCUGCCCAGGCAACCGAUCAGCUCGCUCGUAUAGAUCCAAAACUAUUGCAGGAUAUCAAUCUAAGUGAUCCAUUCGGAAAUGUGCAACCAGUCGAUGACGAUGAGGACGAUGACGAUGACGAUGCCGAUGCCACAGGGAUCGAUGAGAAGGACAUUGAGUUGGUCCAAAUGCAGUCAGCCUGUUCGCGCCAGAAGGCCAUCAAAGCACUGGCAAAGAACAACAAUGAUGUUGUCAAUGCCAUAAUGGCCCUGACUGUUGGUUAAAAGCGGCAGGAGACACUCACGCACACACACACACACACGCACAAAGAGAACUUCGCAUCAGUCAAUAAAUGAAUUCAAUUAAGUUUCGAUUCGAGGUAAA